UUUUGACACAACAUGGCAAAAAAAGGUCAAGCUAUUCAACUGCAAACGGAAGUAAAUAAUGACGAAGAAUGGGAAAAAUUGUUACUACGGGAGGGUCUGAUCGUCGUCGACGUUUAUUCUGAGUGGUGCGGUCCGUGUUCAGGAAUGACAGCCACAUUGAAAAAGCUGAAACUUGAAAUUGGAGGAGACGUAUUGCAGCUAGCGAUAGCAAAAGCCGACAAGAUCGAUGCCCUGGAACGUUUCAGAAAUAAAAGCGAACCCACGUGGAUGUUCAUAGUGCGCGGCAAAAUGGUAAACUUCAUGUUCGGAGCAAACGCUCCCAAGCUAACUCGUUUAAUAACCGAUGAAUUAAAAAAGGAAAUGGACGCUAGAGAAGGUCGGCGCGAUCGCGUCUUGUACGAAAUAAACGAAUUAGCUGAUGAAGAGAAAGAGCGACUUGAGGAACUGGAUGCGUUAACGCGGCAAGCUAGAGAGAAAGAAGAAGCGAAAGCCGCGAAAGAACUGUACGAAAGAAGGACGGCUGAGGCCCAUAACAUCCUAGAAAGUUUGAACCAUCUCUGUCCGAUGUUGAUUUUCCCACACGCCAGAACUAUUUAUCAGGAAGCUUUUGGCGACCUCUUCGGCGAAGCUGGGUUGGUGAUAAGUUCGACAGACAAGGUCAAUAUGACGGAGGAGCUGCUGAAGGAGCUUUUCUACUUUGGGGAGAUUCCGUUUUCUGAAGAGUCCGUCGAGGAGCUGCUAAACGACACGAGUCUCGUCUGUCUGAUCAAACCGUUAAGUACGAGAGGAGACGAAAUAUCGACGGAUGAGUCUGUGAUGCAUAUUGUGUACGGUCUGAUGGGAAAAGCACCUGGAAGUCCAGACAGUCCGGCGAGAAUUCUGGCCAAGAUGCCUCCAAAAUCUCCUCAACGGUCGGAAGCAGAAUUAGAGACAGAGAAGCAUGGUAGCCAUGAUGAGGCAGUCCAUCACGCAACUCCAACGAAACAGCAGAGUGCGAUGAAACACAUUACAAAAACUGAAAGUGUCGUGAAGAGCGAAAGUGUUGCCAAACGUCAACACAGUUCCACCGCAGCUAAUAAACAUCAAGAAACCAUUGCACAUCCUCCUGAAGGGGUUGGAGUUUGGAUUCCUGAAAAUCAUUUAAUAAAGGCCACAGCUUUGCGCCUGUUCUUUCACAGAAUGGCCGAACAUCAUCUCAUACCAGAACCAGAACCUACUCCUCCUCAUUAUGCUGUGGCAUUUGAAGCAGGACGGAGAACUGAAAUUGCGGAACUCAUGGAAAAAUAUAAAGAGUUUGUUUUACGGUAUGGUUACUUUACUAGUGAAACGCCAGAAGAGGCCCAGCUGGUGGCCAAGUCGACGAAAAAAUACGAAAAAGUUAAGAAUAAAACACCUACGCAAAGACUGGUUAUCGAACUGGCAAAGAAAAAGAGCGAGUGCGUCCUAGCUUUCGCCCAAGUCAAACCCACCUACAUCAGUCCGAACGUAGCUGAAGGAAAGAGAGAAUGUGAGUACUUUUUCCCUGAGGACUACGACGAACCACCAGAAGAAGAAGAAGAAGAAGAAGAAGAGCCUCCACCGACCAAAAAAGGAAAGAAGCGUCGCAAAGAAGAAGCAGACGAUAAAGGUGGGGCAGAUGCAUCUGAAGAAAAAGAAGCACUUUCUCCAGGUGAGGAAGGUGCUGUAACCGAAGAAGUACUACCUGAAGAUAUGGAAGGGGCAGAAGAAACCCCAGUUGUUGAGGGUCUGGAAGCAGAAGAAGGUGAAGAAGGCACCGAAACUCAACAACCGGAAGGUGUCGAAGCUCAGCCCACAGAAAUAUCGCCAGAGGAAGCACAAAUUCCACCGAAAGAUUCGAUAAUUUCAGUGAAGCCUGAUUCGCCAGAGGUUCCACCUAAGGGAUCGGUUGCUUCAGUAAAAGUGGAUUCGGCCGAGGCUAAACCUAAGGAUUCGAAUGCUUCAGUAAUGGUCGGUCAAAAAACAUCAGGAGAAUCGGUUGUUGAGCCGCCUGUAGAAGCGAUAGCGGAGGCAGCGGCAGAGUCAGAAACUUCUCCUGAGCAGCCGACUGAAGCUCAGCCAGAGGCUGCCGAACCACCUCAAGAAGAAAACCCCGCUUAAAACAGUAUCGCGCACUUGUAUGA